AUGGAGUGCCGGAAUGAUUUUGUUUUUCAGCGAAAACGGUGGGAUCCUUUUGAUGUGGCUCAGCAUGCUUUCGCUGCCUUUCAGGAGUUUCAGGAGGUUUCCCGUCUAAAUAAUCUGUUGUUGUUGCUGGUUCCUCCUGUUUCGGUCCCUCUUGCAGUGUGGACCACCCCAGAUUUUGGUUGUUUUAAACUGAAUUUUGAGGCGGCUUAUAAUUCAUCUCAUCAUUUUUGUGGGGGUGGGGUGAUGCUUCUUCACCACCUAGGUCGGCCUAUUAAAGUUGCUUCCUUUUUUAUGCUGAAUGUGUCUUCUCCUUCGAUAGCUGAAUCCCAAAUUUUGCGGGCCUUUCUCUUACUUUUGCACCGUUGGGGUUACAAGAAUAUGGUGGUUGAAAGUGAUUGUCAAUCUGUCAUGCAAUUGCAAGUCUUAGUGGAAGGUCAGGUGAUGAUUUUUCAAGAUAUUUGUUUUUUGCUUUCCCUUUGUUUUGGUUCAUCUCUUGUUUGGAUUCCUUGUGGAGGAAAUGGUGUAACUCAUCUUUUAAGUGAGAAGGCUCUUGAAGCCGAGUGUGGUGAUUUGGAGUGGAACAUAUGGCCCCUGUGGUUGUUAAAUGUUCUUCUCCCUUCGUGUUCAUUUUCUUAA